CGGGCCGUCCAAGCCACCAUGUUUGAGCUGACGAUGGCGAAGGGAAGCAUCUUACAGGGUGUCCUGGAGGCGAUCCUCGACCUGGUCAAUGUGGCCAACGUCGACUGCUCCAGCAAGGGCUUCUCGCUCCAGGCCCUGGACACCGAACACGUCGUCUUCCUCUCGCCCUUCUUCCCCUCCGAGGUCUUCCGGUCCUACCGCUGCGACGAAGACUGCUACAUGCGCAUCGCAAUCGCCGACAUGGUCGAUUUGCUCCGCGCCUCCAACGAUGGUGACAUCAUCACCAUCAAGGUCACCGACCAAAACUUUGAAGACAUUACCAUAACAUUCGAGUCGCCCGACAAGACUAAAACUACGGAUAUGGAUUUGCAGCUUGUGGACGCCAGAAGCCAUCGCCUCAAAAUCUCGGAAUGGCACGAUAUGGAGUCGGAGUACCAGGCCAUUUUCUGCAUGCCCUCUGCGCAGUUUAUGUUGAACUGCAAGUCCCUCAGCGUCAUCAACGACGAUGUUGUCAUCAGGGUGAAUGAGGAGGUCAUCAGCUUCUCUACUAAAGGAAAAAGUGGGUGCGUGAACAUUUCCCAUGUGCCGAACAAAACUGACAAGCCAGAAAAAGCUAGUGUUACCCUUACACAUGUGCGACGGACAGUUUCAUUGACCUUGAACCUGAGGUACAUGAAGUCCUGCGCCAAGGUGUCUACCCUGUGUGAUCAAGUGAAUAUCGGUCUCUCCCCCCUGUGUGAUCAAUACAAAAUUGCAGAGAAGGGCUACAUCAGAUAUUUCGUGGCACCAAAGAUAACAGAGGAAGAGGAAGGGAAAACAGAGACCGAAGAGGCAGAGGGAGAGGAAGGGAGGCAAAGGAAGAAAGCAAAAAAAAUGGUCGAGUACAAAAUUGCAGAGAAGGGCUACAUCAGAUAUUUCAUGGCACCAAAGAUAACAGAGGUCUUCCAGUUCUACCGCUGCGACAAACACCGCUCCAUGUGCAUCGCAAUCGCCGACAUAGUCAAUUUCCUCCGCGCCUCCAACGAUGGUGACAUCAUCACCAUCAAGGUCACCGACCAAAACUUUGAAGACAUUACCAUAACAUUCGUGUCGCCCGACAAGACUAAAACUACGGCUAUGGAUUUGCGGCUUGUGGAUGACAGAAGCCAUCACCUCAAAAUCCCGGAUUGGCACAAUAUGGAGUCAGAGUACCAGGCCAUUUUCUGCAUGCCCUCUAAGGAGUUUAUGUUGAACUGCAAGUCCCUCAGCGUCAUCAACGACGAUGUUGUCAUCACGGUGGAUGAGAAGGUCAUCAGCUUCUUUACUUCACGAAAAAGAAGGUGCAUGAACAUUUCCCAUGUGCCGAACAAAACUGACAAGCCAGAAAAAGCUAGUGUUACCCUUACACAUAUGCGAGGGCCAGUUUCAUUGACCUUGAACCUGAGGUACAUGAAGUCCCGCGCCAAGGUGUCUACCCUGUUUGAUCAAGUGAAGAUCGGUCUCUCCACCAAGCUACCUUUGAUGGUCGAGUGCAAAAUUGCAGAGAAGGGCUACAUCAGGUAUUUCGUGGCACCACUAGAGGAAGAGGAAGGGAAAACAGAGACCGAAGAGGCAGAGGGGGAGGAAGGGAGCAAAGGAAGAAAGCAAAAAAAAUGA